UUAUAAUGCAAAACAAUAAUUGCGCAUUGAAGAUGGGAAUGGAAGAAAAAGCUCCACUGAUUUUACAUGCUUUGAAUACUUGGAGUUAAGAUAGAUUUCCUAAAAAAUUCUUAUGGAGGUCUUAUCCGGAAGAAAUAGAAAUGCAAUGAAACAUGUCGCUCUUUCGGCAAUGAUCCGAGACAAGGAAGGCAGAGCUAUAGUGAGGUCGGACCUUGUUGGACUAAAAAUGGAGUCAAAUGGGAAAUGGAAAGAGUUUAGCAGAAAGAAACGUUUCCUCCUAUUGGAAGGCCUCAUUCCUGAGAGAAAGACAAGAAUAUGCAAAGAGUUUAGCAUCGAAGAUCAAGAAGAGCCUGCUAUAGAAGAACUAGAUAUCUACGGACCCCCACUGGUAUCUACGAAAGCCGUACCAUUCCAAAGGCCAACCCGAUUAACAACAGGCCGCCGGCACUGUGGAAGAUGCGGCAGACACGAAAACGUUCCACCUAACUGCGGGAUCUGCGUAGGAUGUGGUCAACAUCCAGCUGUGGCUCGUUGUUUCAGUACCGCAUCGAAUGUCUGUCUACGUUGUCGACGAGGAAUCACGUCUUCUUCAUUAGAAGAAAGUUGCCCCAGAUGUUCAAACGGACCAAGAAUUACACGCAAUUAGACCAAAAUAAGUCAUGGACAAGGAUUGAAGCUUUCCCGAAACUUGAAGCAAAGUAUUUUACUAGAGUCUAUGCCCAAUGUUUACUGCCAGUUCACCUGCAAGACAAUAAAGUUUUUUUUUUCAAAACUUCACCUAUGCUCAAGUUAAUUUUCCAAAGACUUUAGCCAUGCCCAACUUAGCUAUGUCAAAGUAUUUCUUAAUAAACUUUGGUAAUGUCGAAUCAUUAUAUUUUCAAACGCAUUUUUCACUAAAUAAUAUCACAUUGAAUUAAUAACAGUAGCCUGCGUUUCCCCCUUGUCCAUGGCAUAGAUUUAUAAAGAAAACCUUAUUAAUAUACGUUUCCUACAAAAACUGUUAAUAAAGUAAUUCUUCAAAAAAAAAAAAAACGAAAAAAAAAAUAUAAAAAAAAAAUUAAAAAAAAAAUGUCAUUUUGAAU